UUUGACCGUCCCAGUCAUGCACGGAGUUUGAUUCUUUGAAGUCCCAACGUUUUAUUAUGUUUGACAUCAUUUGGACCAUCCUCCCUUUAAAAGGUUGACGAUUUUAUCGGGAAACAAAGAAGAGCCCAGCGGACAGUGCUGGGACUAGAGUUUGGACUAAAUCGAGAAGGCAUUAUCAUCAUUAUCUCGGAGUUUUGGAACAACAUGGGAACGGAGCCGGGCGCGUCUUUACGCCCGGAGAGCAUUCGGAUCCGUCAAGCGGUCAAGGGACUAGGCGGGUGCGUCACCGGGCAGCUUCUUGUCACCACGCGAGUGUACCUGCUAAUUCACUCAACACAUCUGGGCCGGUUGCAAGCGUGACAAGACACCGUAUCAAGGCUGUAAGUGUUGCUUGACCGUUUCACCACUUGCCUUGCUCACAGUGGUGACUCAAGAUGGACCAGAGGCGCGCAAGGAGAAGGAACAUUUCUCACGACCACUGUCGAGGUGAACGCAGAAGGCCUUGGUACGGUCGUUCAGAGAGCCUGCUUAGCUGCUGGUUCACCCGAGGAGGCCAUUGGCGAAGAGGCGUCACGUGAUCAGAGGGUGCCAAUGUUAUUCUACAAGGGUGUCAAGACCCUGUCAGUUUCUGAAAUAAAUAUUGGGAAACGGCGAGAUGCAAAAGGCAACCUACUACGACAGCUCCGCAAUUUACACUGGCUUCCCGUAUCAAAGCGCAAAUGGCUUCAGUUAUGAUGCCAAUCAAGUCCAAUAUCCCCGGGCUUCUCAUGUGGAAAGUGAGUACCAUCGACCUGCAUGCUCCCUGCAGUCUCCCGACGGCUCCGUGGCCUUGCAGAAGCAGGGGGAGAUGGCAGAGAGCUGUGACAGAACCUCCGCCAUUCAGGCGGCACAGUCCACGGUACAUCCCGAAAGCAAUCAAGCACAGGUGUCGGUGUCAGGGCCUCCUCCUCCCCCUCCUCCUCCACAAUCUCCCGACGCUGUCGCCCAAAACACGAGCAACGGGUCCAACCAGCCGGCUUGUGUAAAGAAUGGUUCGCCGACGUCAUCGGCACGCAGCAAGCAAAUCUUUCCCUGGAUGAAGGAAUCCCGCCAGAACACCAAGCAGAAACCCACCAGUAGCACCAGUUCAGUUGAGAGUUGCCCCGGAGACAAGAGUCCACCGGGGUCGGCGGCGUCGAAGAGGGCGCGGACAGCUUACACGAGCGCCCAGCUGGUGGAGCUCGAGAAGGAGUUCCACUUCAACCGCUAUCUCUGCCGGCCGCGAAGGGUGGAGAUGGCCAACUUGCUGAGCCUCACCGAGAGACAAAUUAAAAUUUGGUUCCAGAACCGUCGGAUGAAAUACAAGAAGGAUCAGAAGGGGGUUGGGAUGAUGCCCUCCCCUGGCGGCCAGUCCCCGCGCAGCCCCGGGGGGCCAGGUUCCGCGAAUGGCGGAGGAGGAGGAUACCUCAACUCUAUGCAUUCUCUUGUCAACAGUGUUCCUUAUGAAUCCCAGUCGCCGACGUCGUACAACAAACCCCACCAAAAUGCGUACGGUAUUGCGACGUCAUAUCCCCCUCCGUUGAACAGCUCUCUGAACAACUGCCCGCCCUCCCAGAAGAGGUAUGCUGGGACGGACUCGGCCACGCCCGAGUAUGACGCGCACCCUCUCCAAGGCAAUGGCAACUACGGGACGCACAUGCAGAGCAGCCCUGUUUAUGUUGGCGGAGGCUACAUCGAUUCAAUAGCCAACUCUGGGCCCUCCGUGUUCGGUCUGACGCAUCUCUCGCACCCGCCGUCCGCAAACAUGGACUAUAACGGAGCAAUCACAAUGGGCACCAACAGUCACCACCACGGAGUGUGUGAUCCGAACCCGACGUACACAGACCUUACGCCGCACUAUUCUCAGGGAAGAAUUCAGGAAGCGCCCAAACUGACGCAUCUGUAG